GCCAAAUCGAGACUCAAUCCUCAAUUCUAAUCUUGUUUUUCCGAUUUGUGCACCGUCAUGCUCCGGCUGGCUUGCAGAAUAAGGCCUUUUCGGUCAGUAACGCUCUCACGUCCGAUUCGCUCUGUAUCCUCUCUCUCUCCGCCGCUGAUCCACAUCCAAUCCGGCACUUUCUACCAGAAUUAUCCCACCGCCGAAGACCUCGCGGAGGAAGGAACGACAAAAAACCCGCCGCUGGUGCGCGAUUUCAAUUUCACCCUGCCAUCGAAACCCGACGAGAAUGACGGAAAUACAGCUCAGACAUGGGCUGUGAUUGGGCCUCCCGAUAAAACCCACCUGCUGGACGUCCUCGGCGGCAAGCAUAUCUGCGUACCGCCCAACGCCCGCAGUUAUCCGUACCUGCUCACCGACGAAGUCGCGAAAAACAACCCUCGCGCCCGGUUUGUGAAGAACGCCAUCCGAUACGUGGGGUUCAGCGGGGAAGGUUCUGGGGCGAUUGGCGGCACACGAGGCGCCUAUCUCAGUGCUCGGUAUGAGAGUUUGCGCGAGGAGACGGACUGGACGGUGCGGCAGUAUCUCCGCGGUCAGACAUCCUUGAACCCGCUCGCGGAGGACCAGGAUGGUACUCUUCAUGAUGAGACGUUGCUAGCGCAAGUCAUCACGGAUCUACGGCUGGACGGACUGCUGGACAUGCCCGUCGCCAACCUGAGUAAUGGCCAGAUGAGACGAACCCGAAUCGCGCACGCCCUGCUUAGCAAGCCCGAACUGCUGCUUCUUGACGAUGCUUUCAUGGGCCUCGAUCCCGUCGCCGAACGAAGCAUCUCGGACCUCCUCCGCCGCCUCGCCGCCAAGUCGGAACCCCGGUUGAUUAUCGCGUUGCGCCCACAGGACCCUAUACCAAAAUGGAUCAGCCAUGUAGUGGUUUUCGGCGACCGCAAAGGGAUUUUCUACCAGGGUCGCCGGGACUUACUACCUCGCCUAGUUCCUGGUUGCGAAGCUUUCAUGUACGGCAAACCAUUCCGCGUCGCUGAAAUGGUUGACAUCGAAGCAUGGCAGGAUAAGGAAGUCCUGGAUGGCUUGACGCGGAUUUCGGGGUUCAAAGAACCGCCCUUGACCCGAGAUUUCAUGCGAGAGCUCUUACCGACCUGGAAACCAAACACUUGGCGGACACUACCUCGAGACCUGGAUCCACCCCGCGGGGGUGAACCCUUAAUAGAAAUGGACGGUGUCCGAGUGCAAUACGGAGACAAGGUCGUUUUGGGUGACUGGUCACAACCUGUGAACGGUAACUCAGAAGAGGGUCUGCACUGGACGGUUCGUCGUGGCCAGCGCUGGGCUGUCCUUGGCGCCAAUGGAUCGGGAAAGACAACAUUGCUCUCACUCAUCACCUCGGAUCAUCCUCAGACCUAUGCGCUCCCCGUUCGGCUCUUUGGCCGCUCACGUCUUCCUGAAGCUGGCAAGCCGGGUGUGUCCAUUUUCGAACUUCAACGUCGCGUCGGCCACUCCUCGCCUGAAAUUCACGCCUUCUUUCCCCGCCAGCUCACUAUUCGUCAAGCCCUUGAAUCUGCCUUUGCUGAGACUUUUUUGGCUCGACCCAAAUUGAACUAUGAGGCCGAUCUCGACGUGGAUGCCUUCCUACAGUACUUUCGGCCUGAGCUCAACCCGAGCAAAACAACGCCCUACAAAGAUCGGAUAGAACAAAUUAGCUACGAGGCUCGCAGCAUGCUACCGUACUUCAGGCGCUUCAAUUAUUACAAAUUCUAUGAAAAUCCUGGCGGGGAGGUUGAAUAUGCCGACUCUAUCAAGUUCGGCGACCUGUCUGUCGACCUCCAGAGGCUUGUUCUUUUCCUGCGCGCCCUGGUUCACCGACCCGACAUCGUCAUCCUCGAUGAAGCUUUCUCCGGCAUGUCCUCCACCCUGCGUGACAAAUGUCAUGCAUUUCUUGAAUCGGGUGCUGGCCCCGAAUCCCGCUUCCGUGGCCUCUCUGAUCAGCAGGCCCUCAUAAUGAUCAGCCAUGUGGCAAAAGAGAUCCCUAGCCUUGUGCGCCACUAUCUUCGUCUGCCUUCUGGGGACAAGGAAGGCGAUGUAGACUUCCGCUUCGGCACGCUCAAGUCGAAUAGCAGCAUGAGCUAUCCCAGGGUCUGGAAAGCCGCCUGGGCGCCGAGCCGUGAUUUCGAAGCGAAGACUACACGCGCUGACCCAACUGAAGCCCCGGAAGGAGAGCCGGUACGAGAGGACUACGAGAAAUACGAGUGGCGAUCCAUUUAGGGGCUUUAUCUAGAGGAUAGUAUGUCUGGAUUUGUAUAGAAUGGAUUGCGGCGGGUUGUACGAUUGGAUUGGAUUUAGCGCAUC